AUGGCAAGCUCGCCCCCGGCCUCGCCGGGAGGAAUCCAAAGGCCCAUGAGUGCCAUCGCCGCCAGAGCCCAACCUAGAAGUACCAGUAGAUUGAGCAUGUCAAGUAAGGCGGGAGGUGGAAGCAGAGCCUCAGAUGACGACAGCCGGACCGCUGUCAAAGUCGUCGUUCGAGUACGCCCACCGCUGAAGCCGGAAGAUCCUGGCUAUGACCUUAUUCCCCAGCGAUUCCAGAAGGCUAUGGUUCACACAACUUCUGAUACAAGCCUUGCCAUCGAUUCACCUCAAGGUCGCAAGCUAUUCGUCUUCGACCGGGUUUUCAACCCUGAUGUGACGCAAGAGGGUAUCUGGGAUUAUGUUUCCGACUGUAUCAAUUCGUUCAUCCAAGGAUACAACGUGUCUCUGUUGGCAUAUGGCCAGUCAGGCGCUGGUAAAUCAUACACUAUGGGCACAUCAGGACCUGGCGAACAGUAUGAUCAAGAGUUGAUGGGUGUUAUCCCCAGAGCCGCAACUGCGCUUUUCGAGAAGCUUGAGACCCCAAAAUCUUCUGCUAAAGCGAAUCGCAGUUCCCUUUCGCAUCUCCGAAGCCCUCGAGGACACAGUCAGCAGAAUGCGCUUGGCGAUCGAGAGUGGUCGCUAAAAGCAACAUAUGUUGAGAUUUACAACGAACAGUUGCGCGAUCUUCUCGUACCCGAUACAACUCCAAUGCAAGAGCGCGUGAACGUCGCCAUUCGCGAGGACACUAAAGGCAACAUCAUCCUGACUGGUCUUCGACAAGUCGAGAUUAACUCAGCAGACGACCUCAUGAAUGCUCUCAACUUUGGAUCCUCUAUUCGACAGACCGACGCCACUGCCAUCAAUGCCAAAUCAUCGCGAUCUCAUGCCGUCUUCUCGCUCAACCUCAUCCAGCGCAAGAGUAAAUCUGGCUCGGGACAGACCUCUGACAAGCGGCACUCCAUGCCAGCCGAGGGGCUUUCUAGCCAAGACGUUUCUGUCACAACCGAUAGUAAACUUCAUUUUGUUGAUUUGGCUGGAAGCGAAAGGCUCAAGAACACAGGUGCUCAGGGUGACCGUGCCAAAGAGGGUAUCUCCAUCAACGCUGGACUUGCCGCUCUUGGUAAAGUCAUUAGCCAACUUUCAGCCAGGAACGCUGGUUCUCACGUUUCGUAUCGUGAUUCCCGAUUGACACGAUUGUUGCAAGAUUCGCUUGGCGGUAAUGCCAUCACCUACAUGAUUGCUUGUGUCACACCUGCCGAAUUCCAUCUAAGCGAAACGUUAAACACAGUCCAAUAUGCUCAACGUGCUCGAGCGAUCCAAUCCAAGCCGCGCAUUCAACAGAUGGAAGAGGGCGACAGCAAGGCUAUCAUCGACCGUCUCAAAGCUGAGGUUGCUUUCCUACGGGAGCAGAUCCGCAGUGCCGAGCAUGGCGGAAGCCCCCGACGUAACGCGCCACUGACUAACGAGCGGUCCGAUCGCCAGAACGAGCGUGAGGCAGAACUGCAGAACCAACUUUUAGAUACCCAAGAAAGCUAUACUGCCCUUAGCCAGCGUCACGCACGACUUAUCGCCGAGCUUGCUCGCGCUCGCGAGAACGAAUCGGGCGCAAACCAACACGACGAAUUCGCAGGCGAUACCGCAGAUGACCGUAUCAAUCGGUCAAACUCUUUUGCGGAAGCCGUUGAACAGGUUGUGAUGGAAUAUGAGAAGACGAUCCAGUCUCUGGAACAGUCUCUUUCAAGCACUCGUGGUACAUUGUCAAAUGUCGAGACUAACCUUCUCGAGAAAGAGACAAAAUGUGCUUAUGUUGAAACCAUUAAUAAUCAGCUUCAGACCCGUCUGCAGAAGCUUGUCGACCGCGAGAACAAUACAGAGAACUACCUCCACGAUCUCGAGGCCAAGCUAGAUGGUCAUACUAGUGGCGAAGAGAAGAACGCAACUAUCAUCAUGGAACUUCGUAAGGAGAUUUCCCGUGUUCGAGAGAAUGAGGCGUCAUGCGAGGAUUACAUUUCAACUCUGGAGGAGCGUCUGGCCGAGGCGGACCAAGAUGCUGAGCUGAUGCAGCGAGAGAUCGAUCGUCUUGAGCAAGUGGUAGAGCGACAGCGAAGCUUGGGCAAGCUCGACUCCCUCCUUCACGAACUUGACCAAAUCCAAGAUAGUAAAGAACCCGGAGCCGAGGACGGAACUGAAAACCAUGCCGACUCGGCCAAUGGUGUUGCAUCUCGUCGUGCCACGGCCGAGCAUUCUCGAAAUCUGUCACAUGUCAGCCGCCAGAGUCAGAUGGAAGAUUCCAUUCCUGAAGGCGAUGAGGAACAAGACCAGUCUCGCACUAGGAUUGGCACUGUCAAGGAGGUGGAUGAGGACUCUCUACGACUUGAGAAGCCUUCAGAACAAGAGCCUCCCCCCAGCCCGGCCCAGUCCAAGUUUGUUGCUGAUAAGCUUGAAACUAUGACCCAGGAGCUUUUCGACUUGCGUGUAGAGCACGAGUCGACUCUUAACGAUUACGACUCCCUUCACUCCAAAUACGAGUCAGCCAUGCGCAGACUUGCCGAGAUGCAGGACGCUGUUGACGAGGCCCGUCACGCACAAGCACAGCGUCAAUCUGUAAUCUCUGUUGCUACACCUACACGCAGCACUCGUCCCGAGUCCUUCUUGUCCGACACUAGAACAAACGAUCUGAAGACUGGACGAUCUUCAUUUACACGAUCGCUUUCCUCAGAGCUAUCAUCUGCGAUGGACUCACCUGCUACUGCUGCGUCAUCAAACGGCGACAUUCUUUCUGAUGACGAAACCGCCACCACUAAGCCUGCAGCGGCCUCAACAGAGAAUUUGCCCAACGACGAGAGCGUCGAGCUUACUGCCGAACUGGAACGACUAAAGUUCAUGGCGCAGGAGCGUGAAGCUGCUGAACAAGAACUGGCUGAAAGAUAUGCCCAACUUGAGUCCAAACAUAACGAAACCCUUGAUAUCGUUGAGGAGCUCAAGACUGAUCUGUCUCGCGCCCGUGUCAUGGAAGCCACCUCGCCUCGUUCCAGCACUCCUGUUAUUCGACGCAAGUCAAGCCAAAACCUGCUUGUCGUUGACCGUGCCCAGCGCUCAUUUUCAUCACUGCGCAACAUUGCUGCUGAGAACUUUGGUACUCACCCUGAGGCUAUGCAGAGCUUUGAGAUUAACCUGAACGCCGCUAUACAUGAACUUCAUGUUAGGAGCGAGCGAAUCCAGGAGCUUGAAGCAGACGUCGCGGCCGCCAAGAAGGAGAUGGAAACUAAGAUGACCAUUAUCUCGGGAUUGACAAGAGAACGUUCCAGUCUGAAGGCAAGCCCUGUGGAGAUGACCAUGGUUGCCACACUUCGAGAUCAGCUCGAGCAGAAUGAAAGGCAACUCACCGAAACCAGAAACGCGCAUAUGUCUCGUGAGCAUGCCCUCACAACUGAGCUUGAGGCUUUACGUCAAGCCCUCGGCACCAAGCCCAGCACCCAACAGCUCGACAACUUUGACCCCAAGUACGAGCAGCGUGUCGCCGAGCUUCAAACCGAAGUUGCUAUGUGGGAGAGGAAGCACAAGGAAGCCCUCGAUUCUAUGGAAAACACAGAGUUCCAGAUGCGAGGCACAAUCGGACAACUCGAGGCCCAGGUGGCAUCGAACCAUGUCCAACUUUCAUCAUCCCAAUCUCAAUCAAGUGGCGAUAAAGAUGAGUCAACAACAGAGUCUGAGCAGCGACAACAGAAUCUCAUCGGCUUUUUGCGCCACGAGAUUGAUGAAUACAAAGCUAUCAUCAACAGCAACGCUGCCAAGGUUGCGGAACUGGAGCAGGCUCAUUCUGCAGCUCGUGCUGAGUUGGAUGAACUCCAAAAGGCCCACGAGGCAGUCAAGCAGGACAACGCUCGUCAACUACAACUUCUCGCCAAUCUUCAAAAGCAGAUCGCUGCUUAUGACGAGACUUCACAGAACAACCAGUCGAGCCUCGAUGAGCUGAAGAUUCAGCACUCUAAGGCACUGGCUGAUCUGAAGACCACUGAGCAGAAGGGUUAUGAAGAGCAGGUUGAGGUUUUGUUGUCCGAGCACGCCGAGAGUGCCCUUAGACUGGAGACAGAACUUGCCGAGGCAAGGGAUGAACUCCACAGCGUGUCUACCCACGUUGCUAACGCUCUGGGUCUGGAUGCUAAUGUUGAUAAGUUGGCAGAGCGUAUCGACGAGCUCGCCGCCAGCAAGAAGGCUCUUGAUGCAGAGCAAGCCAAGCGAAGCGAAAUCGAGUCAUCAGUCGCUGAACUUACAACUAUCAAUGAGCAGAUCAUGAAGGACUUUGAAGAUGCUAAGACGGUUCUAGCUGACAUGCUCGACGGAGGUGCCGCUUCUGGCCCAUUGGUUGAGCAAAUCAGGCUUGCCAAGAAGAGAAUGACAGAUCUUGACGACCGAAGCAAGAAGAACAGCCGAUUGGUCGAGGAGCUGGAAGAACAGCUCCAGAACAACUUUGAUGAAGUCCAGAUCACUAACAAUCGUCUGAGUACUCUCCAGACAGAACGCAACACUAGAUUGGACGAGGCCAAUGCAGCUACUGCACGCCUGACAGCUGAAUUGGAUUCUCUGAAGCAUGAUUAUGCAGCUCUUCAGAUCAAGAUGGAUGAAGUGGCAGCUGGUAUUCAGCGGUCAAACUCCAACUCUACCAUCCGCAAGAGUGCAUCUCACGUUUCUCUACCAUCACCCCCGCCGGCAAUCCCACUGCCUCCCCUGCCAAACGGUGCCCAAUCUCCCGUCAACGGUGCUCCCGGCUCUCCAACCGCUGGACGCCCAAUGAGCAAAGACAACAUCAACAUUUCUCAAAUCACCGAGGAUCAAGAAGCCCGCAUCCGAACCAUCGAGAAGCACCUGACUGCAGAGCGUCAACUUACUCAAACCCUUGAGGAGGCACUCACCGAUUUGGAGAGACAGACCAAACAAGUCAAGGCCGAUUGUGAUGCCUGGAAGAAGCGUGCCGGUGAGCUAGAGGCAGAAGUCAAGGAGCUCAAGGAGCGCCCUCCUGAGCCAGUCCAAGACAAUCGUUGGAGCCUCCAAGCCGUUGAAGAGGAGCGUAAGAAGCGACAAGCGGCCGAAGCUGCUCGACGCCAACUAGAGGAGCGCAUGAACGCUAUCAACAAGGGCAAGAAGAAGAAGGGAAGUCUGAACUGCUUCUAA